CUGUAUAACAUCCAGCGAUUAUUGGGCCUCUUGGAUGCUGGUGAUUCAAGAUGUUCACCAAGGCCUGGGUGUGUGGAUUUGUGUCGUUGUACCUCUGUAUCACAGUCACACCAUGCACAGAGGGAAAGCAGGACUUUGCCGUCAACGUCAACACCGACGGCAGCUACAACGUCGUUGUCCAGGGAGACGUCUGGCUGAAGAGCGCUCCAAUCUUCUUCAGAUCUGAAGGUGAGGUCUUCACCACGGCUGAUGGAUCUCUGAAGCUGGUCAAGAACACUCAGUCCAGUGGUGUGGACUUCAUUGGUCAGUGGCAGUCCAACAGCUUCUUGUACCAGGCAGGGACCAGUCAGAUCGAGGCCAGUUUUGUACAGUACACCCCGGAUACAAGCAUCUUCACCUACAACAAUCCUGCCAUACCAUUCAUGCUGUUCAAACAGCGUUUCAUCAACGGAGCUAACAACACCGCCACCAACGGUAACUACACCAUAUCUGGCUUUCCUGGAUUCCAAAUACAAGAGGCUACUCUACCUUUGGGCUACCUUAGUUAUAGCGGCCAAAUGUUUGGACAUCGAGAACUACGUCUUGGGCAAUGGGGGCCGUCAUCAUUUACGAUCGUCGAUGGACUCAAAGGGGUCCCCUGGCACUAUUUGAUCGCGUGAAGACUGCAAAUACCCUGAUUAUCUCCCCUGCCAGUCAGUUUAUGUCGUCAUCAAUAUGGCGUCAGAACGCAAGUACGGGCGGUGACAACGUCUACUGGGGGACGAUGGGUGGAGUGGAGAAUGUUCCUGCAGAUGUAGAAAACAGUUUUAUUCUUUUCUGUGGCAACCAAGGCAUUAACAAGGCCUUCGUUAGCUGGGGUCAGAUUUUACAAACAUGGUACGGACGUACGGACCGAUAUGUCAAGUCGGACUUUACAAUCAACUACUUGGGGUACUGGACCGACGAUGGUGCAUACUACUUUAACAUACCUGAGAAGGGGAAGAACUACCAGGACACGAUACUGGACAUCAACAACUACAUUAAACAGUUGGGGGUACCCGUCAGGUACAUCCAGUACGACUGGUGGUGGUACUAUUACGACAAGAACCACGGUGUCAUCACAUGGGAAGCCAAACCUAGCAUCUUUCCUGAUGGAUUGCAGUGGCUGUAUAACAAGACGGAACUUCCUGUUCUUGCCCACAGCAUGUUCUGGUCCAGCAACACGACUUAUGCCAAAGCUAAUGGAGGGAAGUACGACUUCCUGAUUGAGGGUGAAAAGUCUUUACCGUUGGAGGAGAAAUUCUGGAAUGAUUUGCUAGCUGAUGCAAGGAAGUGGGGCUUGUUGGUCUACGAACAGGAUUUCCUGAAUAUUGAAUUUGAAAGAGUUCACAAACUGUGGAGCGACAUCGACCUGGGACGACAAUGGCUGCAUCAGAUGGGUAACGGCGCCGCUAAGAAUGGGCUGACACUUCAAUACUGCAUGGCGUUACCGCGCAACGUACUGCAAGCGUUGGAGAUACCCAGUUGUUACACAGGCCCGUGCCAGCGACGACUACAUUCCCAAUACGGUCAACUGGAAGGUGGGCGUUACGUCACUGUUUGCGUGGGCUCUCGGCAUUGCACCCUUCAAGGACAACUUCUGGACAACCAGCGUUCAGCCUGGAAACCCAUACCACGGUGCCACGGAGCCGAAUACGGCCCUGAACGCUGUGGUAGCAACCCUCAGUACAGGCCCAGUAGGAGUCAGCGACAUGGUGGGGUGUAUAAACAAGACGCUUAUUAUGAAAUCUGUCAAUACGGACGGCCUCAUCUUAAAGCCAUCCCGACCAGCGACGGCAAUCGACAACACGAUAAGAAGGCGCGCCUGGCCGGACUUUGAGGGUCCAGACGGGGAGGUGUGGUCCACGUAUUCCGAUUUUGGGGGCGAGAACAAGUACGGCAUCAUCCUGGCCGCUGAUCUGGUGGGAAGCUACACCAUGACGCCAUGCAUGGCGGGAUACCAAGGGUUUCCCAACUCGAUGGUGUUCCCUGCCAAUGAUCCUAACAAGAUCCAACCUCUGACGGAUCCCCAACCUCUGACUAUGAGUGGCUGCACCACUGUUGACUUCUGUCUCUUCUAUGUAUCGCCGGUACUCAAGGUCAA